CAGCCACUCCCUCACUGUGCUUGCUGCUGAGGCUGGCCGCCUCUCCAAGAACAUAAUCAACCAUGGCUUCGUUCUGUCUGAUUUUGGGGACAUGAACGAAGUCAGGAAGGUUCUUCAGGACCUCACUACGGAGAGGCAGCUUUACCAGGAGGCUGCUGAGCGCCGGGAGGCUGCUGCCAAGGCCAAUGAGGAGGAGGCUAAGCGGAGGGAAGCCCAGGCGGAGGCCAUGAUCCGGGAUGAGGCCCUGCGGAAAGAUAGGCUGGAGGCCAAGCAUCAAGAGGAGCUGAGGGCGGAAGGUGAGGCCACUGCAAAGGCCAAGCGGGAGCUCCGGGAGGCCAGGGAAGCCUUGGACGAGAUGGUUGCCAAGGUGAGAUCCUUAGAGGAAACUCACCAAGCAAACUUAGAGUCCAGGGCCACUCUAGCCGCGGAGCUGAAGGAGCUCAGGGACUUCAAGGAACAAGCCUCCAAUAAGGCAAAAAGAGCCAAGCUUCUUUCUCCCGUUUCCUGCGGCCGGUGCCCUAAGCGCUUCGAUGAUGGAGUCUUCAUGGCUUGGUCUACCAACGACCAAAAUAUCAAGCUUACCUUCUACCCCAAACCUGAGGAGAAGAUCGCCAAAUUCUGGGAGAAGAAGAAGAAGCUUGAUGCCAUGGUAGAGGCACGCAUCGGACCUCGCCUUCCUCCGCGCAUUGACUAGGCCGCUCGAGAUUAACACAGUACAACCAGGAUUUCCCCCACUUCUCUUAUUAUUUAUUUUUUCUUUUUAUAUAUAUUUGUUUACAUACAACUACUUUGAGACAAUACAUUUAUGUAGCUGUUUUUUAUUUAAAGGGGAGAGAGUUUCUAAGGCCUGUCCCCGGGCCAUUUGUAUAUAUUUUGACCUGCCCUUUGGGCUAGGAUGUUUAUAUGUGAUCUCUUUUGACGCA